AUGAACGCGCGGCGCCAGCCGCCGUCUGGGGCGGCAGCAACAGCAGCGGUGGCGCACAGCAGCAGCAACAACCCCUUGCUCCAGCGGCCCACCUGGGCCCAGCGCAUGGCGCAGCUACGCCAGCGGGUGGCGGCAGCGGCCCACCUGCCGCAGCCGCAGCGGCUCACGGCUGCUGAUUCUCUCGUCGCUGCAGCGGCCAGCAGCCGCGCCUUUGCCGGUCAUCCCCCUGCCUGGCAUGCAGCCGCUAGUCUUGUUGAUAGCCACUUUGACGGCGGCGGCAUGGACCGCCCCACGCCACGGCAAGCGCACGUCGUCGCCGCCGCCGCAGCUCCGUACGACGCCGCGCCAUCGCAGCAGCUGGGGCCUGUGCUGCUGCCAAUUUUGGACGACGGCAGCGCCAGCACCGGGCACCACCCACCGAAUGGCAGCUGCGGGCACGGCUCGCAGCCGCGGCCGCAGGCAAGCGCAGAUGGCGCAGAGCACGCCGAAACACGUGUGACCCCGGGUAGGGCCCUGGCCUUGUUACUUGAGGCCGGCCGCGGCACAGACGGCAGCGAACCCCCGCCGCCCCCGAUUUCGCCGGCCAACGCGGCGGCGCUGCUGCGGCGCGCGCGGCCGCCGCGGGGGCGCCUGUUGACCGAGCAGCUGGCGGCGGUGGCGGCGGCCGCGGCGGCGGCGCUGCGGCGGCCGUCCGAUGCUGGCGACUCAUGGACAGAUGGGCCCGGGGCUGGGGCCGGGCAUGGCGACCAGGACAGCGCUGCUGAGGAGCUGCUUUGGCAG